UCCAAACAGUAUGAGAGCUCUAAGCAGAAUUAAGUUUUUAGCGCUUGUCAUUGGCUUGCUGCUAAUGCCGGACUAUAUUGCUUCUCAAAAUGAUGUUAUGCCACUUGAUAAAAAGAAUGAAAAUAAUAAUUUUGAGCAACAACAACAAGACCUGCCACCUCCUACACCCCAAUCUGACAACUUGGAUAUAGAUCUCAGAUCUGGACCUAACGAUAUAGAUCUCAGGUCUGGACCUAACGAUAUAGAUCUCAGAUCUAGAUCACCCCAAUCGGACAAUUCACAGCGAAUCAAUUACAAGCUUACACAAUAUCAAAGUCAAACUCAAACUGUUCCUGGCAGUUUAUUCAUGCCCGAAGUUUUGGAUCAUAAUAUCAACAACAAGGGUCAACAUGAUCAGCAUGAUCUACGGGAACAUAUAAUAAAUCAUAAUGGAUUUUUGGGUCAGGCAACAACUGACGAAAAGUUAAAGUUGCUAGACAUGUUGAUGCUCAACAAUGCUCAACAUCCAUCAUUGAAUGGAAAUGCGAAUUUGGCUAAAAUAUUAUUACAAAGCGGUGUUGAUCGUUCCGAUCGAUUGGGUGUAAAUAAAGAGGCUGAACUACAAUUGUUGGAUAAUAUUUUGAAUUCCAUGAAACCUGCAGAUGGUAGUCAAAACAUGGUUGCGGAUGUUCUUAAAAAAGACAUACACACUAUCAUCGAAAUAAUGCAUAGCUCUGAAAAACCAAAAAAUGGAAUGGACGAGAUUCUGGAUAUUCUCAACCAGAAAAAACAACCCAGUCUAACACCAAAAAAUGAAGUGGACGAAAUUCUGGACAUUCUGAAACAGAAAAAACAACCCAGCCUAACACCAAAAAAUGAAGUGGACGAAAUUCUGGACAUUCUGAAACAGAAAAAACAACCCAGUCUAACACCAAAAAAUGAAGUGGAAGAAAUUCUGGAGAUACUGAAACAGAAAAAACAGCCCAGUCUACGCGACUUGCUAGCACCAGCUAAACCCAAAAAUGAAUUACACGAUAUACUGCAAGGAUUACUAGAAGCGAAAAAGCAAAAAAAUGAUAACAAUGAUGAGCUGAGCGAUGAUACACGCGACAUGCUGGAUAAUUUGCUUAAUGAUGGUAAGCCUACACUCCCCUCAAGACCAAAACGUGAGCCUGAACUGGAUACUGAUCUACGCGAUGUCUUGGAGCGCUUACUUAAUACUAAGCUUGGCCCGAGCCCCCAGUUAGGAUCUAUUGCUUUACUCAAUAAGCCAAAUAUAGCGCAGCCACUGAUUCUGCCGCCACCAGGUCUGCAUGAUUUGUUGGAAAAAAUAAACCAGCCCAAUAAAAUAAAAGACGAGUUAUAUAAGGUAAUGGACGGAUUAGGCUUCGAUAUCAAGCCGAGAUAUGAUUUUCAAAGCAUUUUGGAUCUAAUCAAUGACCCAAAGAAAUCAAAGUUGGAACUAGGCGUUACAUUAAAGGAAAUAGUUUUCACUAUACGAGACAAAAAUACACUGCGCGAAUUAUUGUCAAGAAUUAUGCAAACUCACAAGCCAAAAGAGGACGUGGUUGAAAUUUUGAAGGACCUACUUAACCCAAAAGCGAUUGUCAUACAGAAAAAUGAAACAUGCAGUAUCUGUGAACUAUUUAAAAACUCGAAAUUGCUUUUAGUUGUACAACCACCAGCAGUUGCUCCAACUCCAACUCCUGCACCAAUUCCCCCAACUACAGCUCCGAAAAAACUGGACCCGCCAACAGCAACUACAACACUUGAAGUAAAUCCUACGACAGCAAGCGUAACAACACCAGAACUUAUUUCGACUACUUCAGCAGCGAAAGUAACCCAUUGUAUUGAUUGUCCUUAACAUUGUAAAUGUUCAACGA